CUGGCCGGGCAGGCGCGGGCGCGAGUAUGAGCAGACCCCACGCCAAGUAUGAGCGCUGCUGACGGUCAUGUCCUUCACUUUACAGUGCCCGGGGAGCACCUGGAGGUGGAGGUGGACGCGGGCGAGAGGCUGCGGCUUCGCUGCCCCGACGACGUGACCUGGUGGCGCAACGGACAGCCGCUGGCCAACUCGACGAGGGUGCGAGUCGGCAAGCAGUGGAUGAAGUGGCGCGCGGUGAAACGGAAGGACGCGGCCGAGUACAGCUGCCUGCCGCGGGGCGCGCGGGGCGCCGCCGGCGAGUGGGCCAACGCCACCCUCAUCGUGCUGGGCGCCUCGCAGCGCGAGCGGCUCGCCGCGCCCUCGGCCCUGUCCGCGCACCGCGACGACCUGCUGCAGGACGUGCACGACAUGCCCCAGGCCGACGGCCACGAGCCCGAGGACGAGCAGGAGCUGAACGCCGUGCCGACGGCGCCCGCCGCCGCGCCCGUGGCCGCCCCGCAGCACGAGAAGAGCCCCGCGCGCACCAUGGCGCGCCGGGAGGGCGAGAAGGCGCUCCUGGCCUGCCCCGUGGCGGGACCCUCCACGUCGACGCCCUUCUGGAUCAAAGACGGCGAACCUUUCCCGCUGACGGGCAGGGCCUCGGCGCUUGGCACGGCCCUCAGCAUCCUGGCGCUGCGCGUCGAGGACUCUGGCAACUACACCUGCACUGUGGCCAACCGCAGGGGGUCGGACGCGUCCUCGGUGCUGCUCCGCGUGUUCAGUCGCGCGGAGGACAUCCCGCUGGUGCUGCAGGCGCCGCACAACGCGUCGGAGCCUGUGGGCGGCACGGCCUCCUUCGUGUGCGAGCCGUCGCCCGACGCUCCUGAGACGGCCCGCGUGCGCUGGGUGCACCUGCCCCCCGGCGAGGACGUGGGCGCCGCGCUCGACGACGCCGUGAUGCGCGCGCGCGAGGUGGUGGCGCGCGGCGGCUCCCCGGGCGCCUUCCCCCGCCUGCUGGUGCUCGAGGACCUGACGCCGGAGGACGAGGGCUGGUACGUGUGCGUGGUGCACAACGGCGUGGGCAAGGGCCGCGCCUCGGCCAGCGCCUGGCUGCGCGUGCUGCCGCGCGAGGAGGACCACGGCGACCUCGGGCUGCAGUGCCGCGGCAACGCCACCCAGGGCCAGGCCAGCGACAAGCUGCCGUUCAGCGCGCCCAGGUUCACCAAGCCCGACGCCAUGGCAGCCUACGACGCCAAGCCGGCUGGCAACAUGGUGCGCCUCAAGUGCCCUGCCUUUGGCAACCCGUGCCCCAACGUGACGUGGACCAAGGACGGCGCGCCCAUCCAGCGCUACUGGGGCGCCCCCCGCUAUGGCGACUGGUCCAUCGUGAUGGAGGAGCUGGUGACGCAGGACACGGGCAACUACACCUGCAACGUGUGCAACAGCCUGGGCUGUGUUGACUUCACCACCAAAGUGGACGUGAUCGGUGAGUCUCAGUCUAGGCUAGCGCUAAACUCAACCCUUUAACUUGCAGCUCGGUCGGCGACCCGCGGGAAGAAUUGACUGUCGCAUCCUAACCGAUUGCCUUGUUUUUGUCUGUAGAGAGUAGUUUGAUACUAACACUAUGCGAAAGUGCCGAUGACUUAAACACUUUCAGUCCAGAGACGUGCCUCCGGGCCGAGCUCUGCAUCCCCUGUGGCCGUAGAGCAGAAAACCCUCCCCCUCCCUUUUCCUCGUCCUUUACCAUUCACUCGAUGCUCGCAUGCCGGCGGGGAAU